UAGAUGUUCUCGGAGACAGGGAAGACAGGCCCACAGUCACGCAUGCAGCGCAGCUGUGAUUUGAAAGCCUGCGCGCGAAGAGGCUCCUUUUAUGCGAGAUGUGCUGAGUCCCUUUGUUCCUUCGCCGUUCCCUCAAACCAGCUGCCGCAUUAAACGCCGUUGCCCAUAAAACGUACCAGGCUGCUUCGGAGUGGGAUGUAUUAGGCGUUCAGUGUUCGCUCACGAAAAAAAAACAAAAAACUAAGUAUACGCAAGAAGGUGUACUUUUUAUUUUCUAUGACAAAACGCUGGAAGCGUUGUGCGCAAAAUGUAGAUUGCAUUACGCCGGCAGGUGUUCUUGAGAUUGUAUAUUUAUCUCCCCAUGCGUUCGAUUGGUCGGGUGUCUUAGCUCUUUUUGGACGACUUCAAAAUCCGGAGGAUGACGUGUAACAGCUUUGCCAGAACGUCACGUGCCGUCGUGGACAGCAUUUCACGUUAUGGCUACCUCCGUGUGGCCCACUGGACCACCUGGCCUCUGUUGUUGUUCUACGCCGCCUACAGUGUCGUACGAAAGAAAGCCGAGAUCGUCUCUGCUCUCCACAGAGAAGCCCGAGGAUUGUGCAGGGCCUACGAAUGCAAGCAAAGGGAUUACGGUGACUUCGAAUGGGACGCCAUCGUCGCAAUUUUCUGGUCGAUGAAAUUUUGGAUUGUGACUCAUCUUGUCGUCGGACAGCUCGUAGCAGCGUUCGCCUCACGGUUCCUGCAGCAUUUCUACGUGGCCUACUCACUCCUGUUCAUGAUUUGGUGUUUCCCGGCGGAUGUGUGGCUCAGAACCGGAAUCAUGGCGACGGCGUCAUUCGUCGCGGUGUGGCUUCGUCGACGAUCCGUGGUGUACGUGGUCGGCUCGGUGAUAGUGGCCACCACGACGCUGUCGUUCGUGCCUCGGUUUGAGUUCUCCCCGUGCGUGAUUGGUGGCAAGCGUUCGCACGAGGCGUCCGUCUUCUUCACCGGUUGGAACGUGCUCCGCUGCGUCAGCGUGGCCGCAGACCUCAUCGACCGAACGUCGAGGGCGCCAAGCGAAGCCCGCAAGCACGUCCUGCACGCUCUGGCCUACUUGCUCUACUUCCCGGCUCUCAUUCUGGGUCCGCUGACCAACUACGACGACUUCAUGAAGGAGCCCUACCGUCCACCAGCGUGGGACAGCAAGCGCCUCCUGCACUUCCUCCUGGGGUGCGCCCGGCUGGCCCUGGGCUACGGCGCCAUGGAGGCGUUGCUGCGGGUGUCCUACGUGCACAGCGCCGCGCUGACUCCGCGCUGGUUCCACGCACAGUCCGGCUGGACGCUGGCGGGAAUCGUGUACCUGAGCGCCCUGCAGUUCUACCUCAAGUACAACUUCGCGUACGGCGUCCCGUCGCUAUUCUUCUGGCUCGACGGCGUCUACGCGGGGCCCGAGCUCAGGCCCCGGUGCUCCGUGCGACUCCACACAGCGGCGAACAUCUGGCGGCAUUUCGAUAUUGCACUGUACAGGUGGAUAGUCAAGUACCUCUACAAAGCGGUGAUCGCGGGCCGCUGGACAGCGUGGUGGCGUUUUCUGGGCACCAGCGCCAGCUUCACCUUCGUGCUGCUCUGGCACACGGUGCAGCCGCACAUGUUCCUCUGGACGACGACCAACUACCUGCUGGUCAUGGCGGAGAUGCUUUGCGCCGGGAUCGCCGCCACGGCUCCCGUGCGGUCCUGGCUCACGACGCGAUGUGGACCGGUCAGAGAGUCAGUACUCAAGGGCGUGCUGUGUGCGGUCAACCUGGUCGGGGCCUACGGCAGCUGUUUCUUCUUCUUGACGGACUACGACAUUGCGAGUGGCGCAGUCAGAAAGCUGCUUGUAUUUCCUUUCCCACUGCUGCCUAUUCUGUUCGGACUUUACUGCAAAGCGCAAGUUGCUAUGGACAUAUUCGAAUGGGAAAAAGCACGUAUGCCUGAGAAGGCGGGCCGAGAUGAAAGUCCACCCCAAACAUCGGAGGCACCAAGUUCAACGCCUCGCCCUCGCCGGAAGCAUGUUGUUUCAGACACAUAAAUAAGCGUUCGUGGUAAGGAAGAUAAAUAGUUGAUAUCGGGGCUCAAGGUAAUUCUGAGUUGGUUGCUUCACUCAUUGUCCCCAGAGGAAGGAAAGAGGCACCCACUGUACUGAAACUCGAAUCAUUCGUGUAUAAAGAUCAUGCGGGCGAUGAGAGUUCAUUCCGCAUGCCUGACCGAGGAGGUGCCCAGCUUAUCAUGACUCUUCGCGACUUUUUCUUCGCGCUCCUUCAUUGUUACACGGGAAAUAAAUAUUGAUUGAUUGA